CAUGCGUGGUGCAGAACUGCCAGGAGACGCCGCUCGGGGGAAGAACAGGGAGUUCUUUCCUGCGUUCUGUGCGGACUUUGGUGUUGUGAGUUACGGGUUCGUCCGGGCGUAUCACCGCUGUGUGGGCAGCCGAUAUGUUAUCCCGUUCCCGGUGUCUCACGCGCUCUGUCGGUCGCUCUAUUGUCGCCUUCCGACAGGGUAACAAUAUUCUAGCGAGACGAGCUGCUUCAGGCAUACCGGCUUCUCAGUGCUUCACCGUUAGGAACGAUCUGAAAUUUGAGACGAGGCCCAGUAUCUUCCAGAUCAGAUACUUCAAAACUACUCCAUCCCACAGGAAUGAAGUUAUUACCAUCAACACGCCAGCAUUUGCCGAGUCUGUCACAGAGGGAGAUGUGAGGUGGGAGAAAGCCGUGGGGGACACCGUCGCAGAAGAUGAGGUGGUUUGUGAAAUUGAGACUGACAAGACGUCAGUGCAGGUGCCGUCUCCGGCUGCAGGAGUGAUCGAGGAGCUCCUGAUUCCUGAUGGAGGCAGAGUGGAGGGAGGCACUCCUCUGUUUAAGCUGAGAAAAGGAGCCGGCGCUCCCAAGGCAGCCGCUGCCCCAACUCCAGCAGCUGAGGCCCCAGCAGCUGCAGCACCUUCUCCACCACCACCACCACCACCUCCUUCUGCUGCUACAGUAGGGCCCAUCCCAACCACCAUGCCCCCUGUGCCACCCGUACCAGCACAGCCUACCAUUUCCAAACCAGUUUCAGCCAUCCAAUCCACUGCAGCUCCUGCUGCCCCAGCUGCCGAUGCCGUAGCAAAGGGAGCACGCUCCGAGCACAGGGUUAAGAUGAAUCGGAUGAGGCUGAGGAUUGCUCAGAGGCUUAAAGAAGCUCAGAACACCUGUGCCAUGUUGACAACUUUCAAUGAGGUGGACAUGAGCAACAUCACAGAGAUGAGGAAGGUCUACAAAGAUGCUUUCCUCAAGAAGCACGGCAUCAAACUGGGCUUCAUGUCUGCCUUCGUGAAAGCAGCUGCCUAUGCGUUGGUGGACCAGCCAGCAGUCAACGCAGUAAUUGAUGACACAACCAAAGAGAUUGUGUACCGGGAUUAUGUGGACAUCAGUGUGGCAGUAGCGACACCAAAGGGAUUAGUGGUGCCAGUAAUUAGAGGUGUAGAAGGAAUGAACUUUGCAGAUAUCGAAAAAUCGAUAAAUGAGCUGGGAGAAAAGGCACGUAAGAAUGAGCUGGCAGUGGAGGACAUGGAUGGUGGCACAUUCACCAUCAGUAAUGGUGGAGUUUUCGGCUCACUCUUUGGCACACCCAUCAUCAACCCACCACAGUCGGCCAUUCUGGGCAUGCAUGGCAUCUUUGACAGGCCAGUGGCUGUUGGUGGCAAGGUUGAGGUCAGGCCCAUGAUGUACGUGGCUCUGACAUACGACCAUCGUUUGAUUGAUGGCAGAGAGGCCGUCACCUUCCUGCGUAAAAUCAAAUCUGUGGUAGAGGACCCCAGGGUGCUCCUUUUGGAUAUGUGAGAUGUCAUGGUGCGCACAUGAAUGGCUGAUUUUCUCAGAGUCUCGCACAGUGGUUAUCCCCCCCCCCCAAAAAAAAAGUCUGUACUGCAUAUGAUUUUACUGUGUUGGUUAACUAUGGAAAGAAGCCUUCUGAAUGUUCAUUUACUUGACAGUAGUAAGAAGGUGACAGUUGAACAUUUGCAUGGGCUAGGCAGGAAAAAGGAACGUUCUUGUACAGGUGUCUCUGCUGGCGUCUUCUUAGCAAGGAGGCUGUCAUACUACUCAUCACAAGUGCUUCUUUGCCAUUGUUUAACUUAAUAUGUAUGAUUUAUUGUAAUACGUAUGUAGUUAUGUAUAAGUUCUUCAGAAUAUUGGUUUCCUAAUUGGUAAAUCAAGCACAGAAGUAGACAGUAUGAUGUUUCACAGUGUGUGUGUGUGUUCUGAAGAGGUAGCAACCCAUCAGUCGACCAGCACACGUUCACAAAGUCAGCAUACUUUUUUACCCACAUUGGUACAUGCUUGUAUACUUGCGUUUACAGUAUGGUCCUUAAACAACGUCAAAUUCAACUCACUGGGAACAGAUUCUGUCUCUGCUGUGUAAAGAAACCCAUUUAAGGAGAAAAAGGCCUUUGAACAAUAAAUGAAUUUAAAAAAUU